AUGAGACAGCAGCCAGUACCUGCUUGCAAAGGAAAUGUUUUGUAUGCAGGUACAUGGCAUUCCAGUGGAGGUUCUGAUAUUUCAGUCAGACCUGGGCAUGGUGCGAAUGCUUGGACCGACCUCCCCAAAAGAAGACACGAUCCCAGUGAUGCCUGGGCCUCAUAUCAAGCUGCUUGCCCGCAAGAACAGACUGUCCACAGGCCCUGGCCCGGCUCGUAUGGCAGCAAGUUAAAUCCCAAGAAGGAAUGCUGUACAGAGAGAUCAGUGCUUUCCCAGCCAACAUUUAUUUUUGAAAAGAAGGAUCGUCCUUUGAAGCGGCCUGCUGAAGAACCGGUUUGCAAAGCUGAAAAUGAUUUCAUUAGCUGUUCCAGAAAACAUGCAAGAUCAUAAUCUUUUACUUUCCAGACCUCUGACUCUCUGUCUAACACAGAUACAACCGUCACUCAGAAAAGAGGAAGAUCAUCUUCCUUUACCAUCCCUCCUACCUUCCCUCCCUCCCGGACAGUAAAGAAGAAUAACAUAUUAAUGAGUUCAGUGCUGCUUCGAAGAAACCCAGACUUGAUCAAAAGUACAAAUGAAGGAUCCUUGUCACAAAGUCAAUUGCGGAAUGUCAUUAGACCUGCCACUUUACAACCCCCACAAGCCCUGACCUGUCCUGAAAAUCCUGUAGUAUCUCUAGUGACUGAGAAAGAAGCGUGUCCUCAGCUAUCUGAAAACAGCUCUUACUCCUCAGCUGAGCAGUCUGUAAGUUCCAAAACAGCAGUGACAUCAUCUACUGCCAUGAAUCUUUCUAGCUCUAAAACAACACAAAGUGAAUUGUUUGACAACAGAAGUGUACAAAACAGCAGAAAUUCUGGUUUUGUAUUUGGAGAAAACAUGGUUGAAAGAGUUUUGGUAAGAUUUGUAAAUGCUAGCAGAUGUUUUAUCAAGAGACCUGAAAAGCAUCUCAAGCCAUGUAAUGAGUCUGAUUCCUACAAAGACAAACUGACACCAAUAGACAUAGAAUCUUUUCAUGUCAAUGCGCAAACAAAUUGGUUGAGGAAUGCAACACUAAUUGAACCAGCAGCUGCUUGUAUUUCUGAUCCAGUGGAGAAAAUUCUGUUAGAUAAAGUUGAAGUUAUAACUGGAGAAGAAGCAGAACACAAUGUAUUACAGAUCAACUGCAAGCUCUUUGUAUUUAAUAAGCUUUCUUUAACCUGGAUUGAAAAAGGCAGAGGUUCCUUGAGGCUUAAUGACACUUCGAGUAAUAAAUAUGGAAUGCUGCAGUCAAGGCUAAUUAUGCGAAAUCAAGGCAGCUUGAGACUCAUUCUCAACACCCGUCUCUGGGAUCAAAUGGUUAUAAAAAGAGCAAACAGAAAGAGCCUGUGCUUCACUGCAACAGACCAAGAGGACCACUCUAUUCAAGUAUUCCUCAUUCAGGCAAGCUCAAAAGACACUGGAUACCUGUAUGCAGCAAUACAUCACCGGCUUGUGGCAUUGCGAAGCUUUGCUGAGCGAGAGCCAGACACUAGUCAAAUUGACACAGAGUCAGAAGUAGCUUUUCAGCCAUUGAACUGUGAUAGUGAUGAUGAAGAUGGUGAAAAAAUAACUCCAGUGAGCAACAGUGGAUCUGGUGUCCUCUCUUUCCUGGCAUGGAAUUUUCUUUGAGAGGACAUUAGAGUGAAUUCAAAGGUGCUGGAUGCUAGGACUAGGUAA